AUUUGACUUCCAGACUUGCCAAACUUUGGUAAAAUACUAUGGUGAGAGAUGUUGGAGGAGCUGGGGCUGAGCGGAGCAGCCUGGAGCCAGGACCAGCAUCCCUGAACAUCGUGCUGCUUUCCCCCGUGUGCGGGUUGGUGGGCUGGGGAUUUCCCCACUCGUCUUGAGGUUCUUGGCUUAUUUUCCUCCCGGGAUGAAGACGGGAGCGCUGCUGGGGACACCGGCCACCAGCUGCCAGCAUCAGUGCGGGGACCUCGGCGGCAGCGAGGGGACACAGACCCGACCUUCCCUCGGGAGCGAAGCCGCUCCCUCCCUCUCCCGGUCCCGCGUGGGCUGCCCGCCCCCGCGCUGCCUCACCGGCGGGGGGCUGCGAGCGGGUCCCCCGGUAUCCAUGGCGAUUGGAGGCUCUUUCCCCCCUCCCCUCCUCCGCUGCAGCCGGCGAGCAGCCGCAACCGGCUCGGCGGCACCGCGGCGGCCGCACCGGGGCUCGGGACCGGGCGGGAGGGACGCGGGGAGGGGAUGAGGGCGACCUGUGUCCCCUCCCCGGGCAGCAGAUCGCCUCCGGUGGUAGCCAGUGCGUGGCAGCGAUGCAGCCCCCGGAGCCGGCUCGGGCAGGCGGAGGCCCUUCCAAUGGCACCUGGUGGCCCAACUCCAGUGCCAGCCACCUCCUGAGGGAGAACUACACCUUCCUGGCAUACUACCAGCACUCCUUCCCCGUGGCCCUCAUGUUCAUCCUGGCCUACACCUUCAUCUUCCUCAUGUGUGUGGUGGGCAAUGUCCUGGUGUGCUUUGUCGUGGUGAAGAACCGCCAGAUGCGCACGGUCACCAACAUGUUCCUGCUCAACCUGGCCAUCAGCGACCUGCUGGUGGGCAUCUUCUGCAUGCCCACCACCCUGGUGGACAACCUCAUCACAGGCUGGCCCUUCGACAACACCAUGUGCAAAAUGAGUGGCCUGGUGCAGGGCAUGUCCGUCUCCGCCUCCGUGUUCACGCUGGUCGCCAUCGCUGUGGAGAGGUUUCGCUGCAUCGUCCACCCCUUCCAGCAGAAGCUGACGCUGAGGAAGGCGCUGCUGACCAUCGCCAUCAUCUGGGUGCUGGCCCUGCUCAUCAUGUGCCCCGCUGCCGUCACCCUGACCGUCACCAGGGAGGAGCACCACUUCAUGGUGGACACCUACAACAACUCCUACCCCCUCUACUCCUGCUGGGAGGCCUGGCCCGAGACGGGGAUGAGGAGGAUCUACACCACCGUCCUCUUCUCCCACAUCUACGCGGCUCCCCUCGCCCUCAUCGUCGUCAUGUACGCCCGCAUCGCCUUCAAGCUCUUCAAGUCGGUGGCGCCCGCCCACGGCGGGGAGGAGCCGGAGGGGAGGAGGAUCUCCAGGAGGAAGGCCAAGGUCAUCAACAUGCUCAUCAUCGUCGCCCUAUUCUUCACCAUCUCCUGGCUGCCCCUCUGGACGCUGAUGCUGCUGACGGACUAUGGGCGGCUGAGCGAGGGCCAGCUCCGCCUGCUCGCCGUCUACGUCUACCCGUUCGCCCACUGGCUGGCCUUCUUCAACAGCAGUGCCAACCCCAUCAUCUACGGCUACUUCAACGAGAACUUCCGCCGCGGCUUCCAGGAGGUCUUCAGGGCCCCCCUCUGCCAGCGCCGGCCCUACGCCCCCCGGGGCCGUGGGACCCUCUUUGGCACCCGCAACCGCGUCUUCACCCAGGCGCCAACCAGCGACUCGCCAGCCGCCUCCAAGUCGGGGCUGCCGGCCCCGCGCCGCGCCGGUGUCCCUGCGUGGGAUGGAUGAGGAGUCGUGGCCACCAAACCAGUCUGGACCAAGGGUUUGUGGGGUGGGGAGUGGGGGUUUGCCACGGUAUGGCCACAAGGCAUCGAAAUAAAGGUGUAUCCUACUGA